AUGAAUUAUAUUAACGCAGCUAAAAAGGUUGGUCAUUUCGUAGGAAAAGAGGUGACUAAACAUACUGGCACCAAAACCUAUACUGAUAAGGAUAAACAACAAAUCGCCCAAGCUACUGAUGCAUCUUCAUCUGACACAUCCACCCCACUACAGGUGUUGAUAUAUACCCAUAAUAUCCGUUUCGAUACAAAGAACCUUGUUGAUGGAGAGAAACCAUGGUCAGAGAGAAGACUGGGAGUUAUCCAAUUGAUUAAACAAGCGACGGCUAAUCCCAAUUUACCUGCAAUAGUAGCGCUUCAAGAGGUGUUGCAUAACCAGUUACAGGAUAUUUUGCAAGGAUUAGGACCAGAAUGGACAUACUUUGGCGUUGGCAGGGAUAAUGGUGAUACCCAAGGAGAAUAUUCACCGAUACUAUACAAUAAACAAGACUGGGAACCGGUGUUCACAAAGACUUUCUGGUUAAGUGAAACUCCUAGUAAGCCCAGCAAGAGCUGGGAUGCGGCAUUGAACCGAAUUGUCACCAACGCUAUCUUAAAGAAUCGUAAAGUUGCCCAUAAAACACUCAAUAUGUUUAAUACUCAUUUCGAUCAUCGUGGGAAAGAAGCUAGAAAGCAAAGUUCGUUAUUGAUUGUUAAGUUGAUGAAUGAGGCGCCAGUGGCAAAACUGGUGUUGACAGGAGAUCUAAACAGUGAACCUAGUGCCGAAGGCUACCAGUCGUUGAGCAAAUAUUUACAAGAAUCAGGAGUCAAGGCUCAAAAAAUUGAAGGUGAACGAAGAACAUGUACAGGUUUCAGUAAUGGUGGUGAUGGCGAGUCAAUAAUUGAUUUUGUUUGGACGAGUAAGAAUGUACCUAUAAUGUACCAUACUACACAGAGUCAAUAUUGUGGUGGUGGUGGUAGUGCUGGUGGACAAGAGUGUUUAUGUAGUGAUCAUCGUCCGGUGAUAGCAAUUGUUGAGAUAUAA